AUGAGCAAUGCUGGAACGAUAGCGUUGCGCCUAACCAGAAGAGGCCUCCAACAGUCGACAUGCAUACGACCUAGAGGGGACACCGUUGGAUUGCGCAGCCUUCAGCCUGCUUUGUUCGAUAGCGCUACGUAUCCGCGAGGUUCUGUCCUGGCAUGUGUGCGCCCCCGGUGUCAUCAAUACAGCCAGGGAAGACAAUUCGGCCACUCUGCACAAUCCAACUUCCGCCCUUCAUUGGCCGCGCAGAUCCUUAAACCAUAUGGUUCCGGGAAAAAGCCAGAGCAAGGACUCCGGUUCCAGGAUGGGGAACUCGAUUCCCAGGAACUCAUUGGCAUAUUCGGGCGCCGCGGGCCUCCCCCUGCGAUAGCCAACUACCUCCUGCGAAUCCUGCACGGCCGUCGGUACGAUGGAACUCUUGAUCUCCCGCUCCCAGAAGAUUUAGAGCGGGCAUUGUCGAAAUACCCAACGGCAUUCGAAGAUGGUCUGAACUGGCUUAGACAAGCAUACCCGAUAGACGAAGAUGAAGCCAUCCUCGCUCGACUCGAGCGGGAAGAGCAUCCCCUUGAACGGGACAAUCCGUCAGAAUUGUUACAGAGAGGACAAAAUCUCCGAUUCUACAGAGGUCCACAGAGCGGCCACUACCAGGCAAAACUGUCUGAAAAGGAAGGCGACGUAUAUGGGGUCAGUGAACUGGAGAGGAUUCGAGCUGAGAAUGAAGCCAAGUUCCAAAGGGAAGAGGAGGAAUUACAGUCCCAGAUUGAUGAGCGCAUGUCCAAAUUCCACGAAGAGCAGACAAGAGCCGUUGCCCAACGUCCUGAACAGGGGCUAGAGUCAGCAAAGGAAGUACGACCGCCAAACUCGUUCGAGAAGUGGGUUUUGAAGGCCCAGAAUCGAGCGCAAUCCAAGUUGACGCUUGAAUCGCCUGAAGUGGCACAGCAGUCUGCAGGACGGCGACUGUUCCCAUCGCUGAUCCUGACCUCUCUCGUCGCUGGGGGCUGCUUCCUCUAUACACAGUACUGGCACCGACCUAAGCAAUCCGAGCGGUUCUUCCCCGACUUGUCACUUUCCGUCGCAACGAUCGGUGGGCUGUUGGCUGUCAAUGUUGCCGUAUUCCUCGCCUGGAGAAUGCCCCCAUUCUGGGCCGCUCUGAACAAGUUCUUUAUUAUUGUUCCGGCAUAUCCUUACGCCUUCAGUAUGUUGGGAAGUCUUGUGAGCCACCAAAAGCUUGGUCACCUCUUGGCCAACAUGAUCCCUCUAGUUAUCUUCGGGCUUCCUCUGCAUGAAGAAGUCGGACGAGCUACAUUCUUGGCCAUGUUCUUGUCUUCCGGUAUCCUCGGGAGCUUUGGGAGUCUGGCCCGACACACCUUUCAAAAGGUGUUCGUCACCACAACGCUAGGAGCCAGUGGGUGUGUCUAUGGUGUCGUCUCUGCCUACUUGUGGCUUCACCAAGACGACCGGUUUUCCAUCAUGUUCCUUCCCAAAGACCUCGCAGAGCAGCUUUCGUUCGAUGGUAGAAGCUUGUUGAUAGCCCUCGGUGCAUUGCAAGUCUUUGGCAGCCUGCGGCCGGUCAAGAAAAUUGACUAUUUUGACCAUCUUAUAGGCAUGGCUGUAGGGGUGGUAUCAGCAUGGUGGUGGCAGAACAAUAAGGAAAAGAAUGGAGGUUUCACGAAGAAGUUCCAGAACUGGUGGAAGGUGACCUUUUCAGGAUCGAAAUAG